UUGACCCAUACAAUGUAUAUACUGGUUCUACUUAUGACUGGUUUUGUGGUCCAGGGUCACAUAUACAUUUGAUUGUGUUCUUGUUUGUGAAUUAUUUUUUGUUUAGGUUUAAGUUUAAGUCAAAUGCGGUUUAACCUGACACAAGUGACACGGUUAAUUACACUGAAACUUGUCUUUUGAGUGUUAUAAUGUCACUGUGAGGUCUGUGUCCUGUGACAGAAGUAAUCAUCAUUUCAGUUCUGAACUACUGCUAGGCCUACCAUUUCACACUGAUAAAACUAUUACAGUAAAAUAACAUUGGUGUUGGUGCACAGCAUAACAAAUUACAAAUGUAAGAUAAACAUUAAAAAAAAAAGUCUUAACGUCGCAGCAUCAAUAAAACACAUUAUCAUAUGGAUUCCCUCAUUAGUGGAAUUUAGCACGCAAAGGUUUUUAUGGACAUGCAAUAACAAAAAAAAAAAAAAAAAACAUGAUUAAAGCAUAAGUUUUGAAAAGUGGUUUAUAUGUAUCGUAUACAUGUAUGUUUCUGGAGUGUGCGAGGUGUAUUUUAUUUCAGCCAUUCUGUCUCAUGAAAAACAACCGCGAGAGGGCGCCUUUUUCAAACGUGUAUCUUCAGUCUCCUAGCAACGUGUUUGUUUACGGGUUUCCCUCGGUUUGUGACAGCCAGCAAGUCGAUUAAAACAACUCGCUAAAUCGAAUUAAAGUCGUGAUACACAAUGAAUCAAGUUGAGCUUUUGUCAGACCGAGUCGCAGCUGUUCAACUCGACAGAAGGAGAAACAGGGAGCUGCAGCGCCGGGAGAGGAUCUUCGACGAUAAACUCCGCACGAUUGGAGUUGACAAAGAUGCUCUCGACCACCAAGUUAAAGAACUAAGAGAGAAAGAACAAGGCCAAGAGAAUGCAUUUAAAAUAUAUGCUGAUGAGCUGCUGUGCAGUGACCGUGUAGCUUGUGUCCUGGAGCAGCGGCAAAAGAAGGAUGAGCGUCUGUUGAAUGAAGCCAUUGUGCGAUUCAGACAACAGUUUCAACAACCUGCCAGCCGGCGUGAGUUUGAUCUGAACGAUCCAGAGCUGCUGAAGAAGCAGGAAGGGGUGCGGAUACUGCCGGGGCUGACUGGAGAAGAUCCGGCCCAGAGGGACAGACUGAGGAAGCAGCAGGAGCAGCUCAGAGCAUGGACCCUACAACAGCAAGACGAGCUAGAGCGAGCAAAACAACAGCUGCAACAAGAACUGCACCAGUAUGAUCAAAGCAGACUGGCUCUAGACAAACGCGCUCUUGAAUUGCAGAAGAUGGAGGAACAAAGCAAGAAAGCUGCAGCCAUCGCCACCAAAGACUUUAACCGUGCACUGGCUGCGGAAAUCACAAAUCGACGUCUACAGGAGCAUCAUGAAGAGGAGGAAAACAACCAGACGGACAUCCUGAACCAGCUGAAUGGAGACCUGCUGAUGGAAAACCCUGAGCAGAAUAUGAGUGUGCUGGGUCUGUCUCGCCUGCGCAGGGACUAUUACAAGGGAAUGAGUCCUGAAGAGCUCCAGCAGUACACACAAUACCAGCUGCAGCAAGCAGAACAGAGGAAGCGUGCUGUCAUGGAGCAACGAGAGAAAGAGCUUCAGGAGCAUCACGAGCGCAUGACAUCCGCCCGUGCUGCACUGCUGCUAGAAAGACAGCACGCACGCAUUAAUAAGGAGCUGCGCAGGGCAAUGGACAACACCAACGCACUGCUGGCUCAGGCCCAUGAUGCUCAGAAGAAACAUCUUCAGGAUGUGUACACAAACAUUCCAGACGAGCGCUAUUUUUCCCAGUUUAAUACCAGCAGUAGAUGAAUAUUACAGAGGGAACCUGAAAGAUGAACACCAUCAGGGCUCAGUAAUCGAGGACAAUACACCGGAUCGUUUUACAGUAAACCUUGGCUUUAAUUAGACAGGG